UACUGGCAUGACUACCAACUGGGUUGGGAGCCAAACCUCUAUGACAACAUUGGCUCCAUCAGGAUCAAACCAGAAAAGGUCUGGGUUCCAGAUUUUGUGCUGUUUAACAACGCUGAUGGCAACUUUGAGGUCACCUACAAAUCCAAUUGCGUGCUGUACUCCUCGUCAGAGGUGAAUUGGAUCCCUCCAGCCAUCUACCACAGCUCCUGCUCCAUCGAUGUCCGUUACUUCCCGUUUGACCAGCAGAUCUGCGAGAUGAAGUUCGGAUCCUGGACACACAAGGGAAAGGCCUUGAAGUACAAGUUCUACAAAAACAGAAACAAAUUAGAUCUGGCAGAUUAUUUGAAAAGUGGCAGCUGGGACAUCAUCGACUGCCCGGGAAGAAUUAUCACCGUUAAAGAUGAAGUUAGCGGCGAGGAAAAAGAACAGAUUAUCUUUCAGUUUGUACUACGGAGGAAGACACUUUUUUACACAGUCAACUUAAUUAUCCCGUGUGUACUGAUUUCCUUUGUGACUGUCUACGUCUUUGCAUUACCAGCCGACGCCGGGGAAAAGAUCGCGCUGUGUAUAUCUCUCCUUCUAGCCCUAGUUGUGUUUUUACUUCUAGUGUCCAAAAUUUUACCUCCAUCUUUGACAAUCCCUCUCAUCGCUAAAUAUUUACUAUUUACUUUCAUUAUGAACUUGGUAGCCAUCUUUUAUACCGUUGUAAUUAUCAACAGAAAUUAUAGAACUCCUCGAACGCAUAGUAUGCCUUACUGGGUCCGUGUGGUUUUCCUUAAAGAGCUGCCCAAGUAUUUACUGAUGACCAGACCAAAUCAUGACAAGAGAUGGCAAGAUGCUGUGAUAUCAGGUCCUUCUCUCCCGCCAACUCCAGAAACUCGUCGGAUCAACUUAAACAUUUCCAGUGACUUUGAACUGUCUGAAGUUCAAGGCGCUCGCUGUCAAGAGGUCACUGAAUAUCGUUACGGACUAACUCGACACAGGCAUCCGAGCGAGCUUAGACCCACCCCGGGUGGCAGUUUGAUGGAAGGAACCAGCCAGCAAGACAGCGAGGAGCAUGCCGAGUUUGUAAUGACACCCGAGUUGCGGAACACAGUUGAGUGUGUCACAUUCAUCUACACGCACCUCAAAUCGGAAAAGGAAUAUGAAACAAUUCUGGAAGACUGGAAGUACGUGGCUCGCGUCCUCGACAGAUUGUUCUUGUUUAUAUUUCUGUUCGUGACCCUGUGCGGCACUGCCAGCAUCCUGCUGAACGCCCCUCAUAUCCUGGAGUUUGUUGAUCAAGACAAGAUCAUCCAGGACCUCGUGGAGUACAUCCGGGAGGCAGAGAAGAGGGCGGAAACCGUGGGCGUGGAGAAUCACGUUGGCGACUAG